GCCAUUCGGAGUGCAAAACUUCAGCCAAGAGCAAAAACUUGGAAGAGGCAGCAGGGCAGAGGCCAGCAAGGAGGGCCAGAGAACGAGGCAACUUGCAAGAGUAGGCAGAGCCCAGGCUGAAAGUGGACACAGGCACGGAGAAGAGUCGCUGGGAAGUGGAAAAGGAUUGGUGGGAGAUUGGGCUACAAGAAGGUAUUCCAAAGGUGCACCUGGUGCGACGAAGAAACAGACCAAGACUGAGGAUCACAGCAGAGACGUGAAACAGAAGGGGCAGCCAGGACUGGAAGCUGGUUGGACAGAAGAGAAAAGCACCGAUGGGAUUCUGGACUGGCGUGGGGUCCCUGUGGACUUGGGGCUCAACAGGUUGGCCGGCUGGCCAUUUCUGUCUUUCCGUCUCCCUCUUUGUGGUGGAGGUGGUUGCAAGCCGGGCCACCGGGUCUCUCCUCUUGCUUUCUUGCUCCUUCCAUACCCUGGCAGGUGCCUUGGCUCUAGGGGUAGCCUUGGCGGAUGGCUGGCUGGCCACGGAAAGCUGCCCCCGUGAGAGGAACACCUUUGGGUGGGCACGAGCAUGGGUAACAGGCACCCUGCUCAGCACUGUGUUCUUGGGUGCCCUGAGCUUGGUCCUCAUCCCUGAGGCAUUCCGCAGGGUAGCUGAGCCGCAAGUCACAGAGCAUGCACUGGUGCUGAUGGGCAUUGGAGCAGUGGGAAUCCCUAUUCACCUGGCCAGGACAGAGUCACAUGAAAUACACCACCUGGCACCUGGCUCGAGACCCUGCUGUAGCAGAAAAGCCACGCAGAUUGACAGCUCUGCCCAGGAGAUGGAAGAUCUUCUGGGGAAUGAAUCCUCACCCAAGAAUUGGCUCUGGUUAGAGGAAACCACAGACUCCAACUGUGCGUCACCUGCGGACAAGCCUGGACUGUGGCGAGCCCUUUGCUUUGCCUGGAUGGUGCCCUGUCUAGGACCCGCAGCUGUACUUCUGUAUUCACUCACUCUUCACAUCCUGUGGACUCCGUGUCUGGGUCAUGCGCUCUGCUUCAGGCACUGCACUGGACAGCCGUGUCAGGUCUGGCCUCCUGCUGAGCCUCUCCCACACGCACAGGCCCCUUGCUGGCUGCUCUACCUGGACCCUGGGCUCGCUGUGGCCGUGGCCGUAGCCCUGCUGCUCUUGGUGUGGCCAGCCUUCCGUGGUUCUGCCCUGGUGCUCCUGCAGGCUGUUCCGGAGGACCUGGAUUUGCAGCUGCUAGAACUGCGCCUGCGCAGCACAGAAGGUGUGGCCGCUGUGCGGGAGCUCUAUGUUUGGCAGCUGGAUGGCCCAGGCAGUUUGGUGGCCACGGCCCAGAUAUACUGCUUCAACACUGCUGCCUUUGAGGCUGUGAUGGAGCGGGUCCAGCGAGUCUUCUGCGAGCAUGGCAUCCAUGCAGCCACGGUGCAGCCUGAGCUCAGCGCUUACCAGGGUGGGGAAUCCCACAGAGGGUGCAGCCAGGCCCUAUGCAAGAGGGACCUGGCCCCCUGCCCUAAGCAGGUAAUGGAGUACGAGACCACAGUCUAAGUGUGGCAGACUGCCCCCUGAAAGGCAGGUGGGGAGGAAGGAAAGUGAUGUGGUUUGUUCCACAAUGCCACAAUCACCCACCUUGUGAACAAGCUGGGGCUUAGAGUUCUAAAAUUACGACCAAUCUCCAGACUACAGAGAUCAGAUCCUCUACAGGAAAGGACAGCUGCAGAUGGCAGGCUCUAUGGUAUACCACAGCG